UCACGCUGAGGGGUGGCAUUUUCGGUCACCAGCUCUCGGCGGCGGCCGCUCAUUCCGGCCUCAUCAUGGCGCUGCUCUGGUCGGUGCUACAAUGGUGUUUCACAGCGUUAAUAUGCUUGUUUACGAUCCUUGCCGUGGAUUUGUACACAAGGAAGAAGUCGAGAUUCCACACCACUCGCAGCCUGCUAGAAAUGUACCUCGUUGAAGUGGUGGCAGCUAUUCUGGGUACCAUUAAAAGCCGACAAAUGAAAAAAGACCUGGAUAACUUCUUACCGGUUCAGGAGCAGUUCGUGCUGCGUCAGAUCCGUGCCAACGAGAACACCCAGUACGGUCGGGACCACCAGUUCGGGCGGAUCCACAGUCUGGCGGACUUCCGCCGCCUGCACCCGGUCACCACCUACAGCCACUACGCCGAGUACGUGGAGCGUGCCGAGAACGGAGACGUCAACGCCAUCCUCGGCAAGAGCAAGCUGGUCAUGAUGGCCUGCUCGUCGGGCACCACCGGCAAGUCGAAGCACAUCCCCAUCUCGAGCGAAGUGCAAAACACCAUGCUUUCAAUGCUCGCAGGCCUCUUCACGUUCCAGCCGCAGAUCAAGUCGGCGCACCGUCCGCUGUACAAAGAGAUGCAGAUUCUGUGCCGUCCCAGGUGGCGCUACUCGCCGACUGGCAUCCCCAUCGGCCCGCUGUCCGGCUACUUCACCAACAAGUCCAUCCUGCUGGCCCAGUGGUCGACUCCGUUCGAGGCGCACGUGGUGGAUACGGAGGCUGAGGCCAUGUAUGUGUCGUUGCUGUUCGGAAUCAGGGACCGCAACCUGUGCAGGAUCGAGGGCGGGUUCGCGUCCGGUCUCUACAACAUGCUCAUGUUCAUCGAGACCAACUGGCGCGACCUGGUGGCGGACGUGAGGUCGGGACGCCUCAAGGAGGGGCUCGAUCUCACAGAGGAGCAGCGGCGCGUCAUCACCAAGUACCUGGUGGCCGACCCGCAGCGGGCCGACGAAUUGGAGAACGAGUUCAAUAAAGGCUUUGACGGCAUCCUAUCGAGGAUAUUUCCGAACCUAGAGGCCGUCAGCGCGCUCAGUUCGGGAACUUCGAUGGCGCUCUACAAGAAGAAGUGUCUCCCCUACCUGGGAAAUGUCGACCUGGUCUCGCUGGUGUACGGCUCAUCGGAGGCGUUUAUGGGCAUCAACGUGCGGUCGGCGCGCGAGGAGCCGGCCUACGCGCUGAUCCCCUCGAUGGCUCUGGUGGAGUUCCUGCCGGUGGACGCCACCGGGACGCCGCUGGAGGGAGCCACGCCGCUGCUCGCCACAGAGGUCAAGGUCGGUGAGCUGUACGAGCCGGUGAUCACCAACUGGUCUGGUUUCUACCGGUAUCGGCUGGGGGACGUCGUCAAGGUGGUCGAUUUCUACCACCAGGCGCCAUGCGUCGACUUCCAGUUCAGGGCCGGCCAGAUGUUGAACGUGCACAUGGAGAAGCUGUCGGAGGAGGCGUUCAUCGCUGCCCUACAGACGGCCGCCGGACGCUGGAGCGGGACCACCCUGCUCGACUUCACCAGUGCGGAGAGUGUGCUGGACCCCAGUCCCCGGCCCGGCGCGCCCUAUUACCUGGUCUUCCUCGAACUGGAGAAGGGCGAGGUCACCGCCGAGCAGUUGAAGACGAUUGACGAGGUGCUGUGCGAGCAGCAUUUCGUGUACAAAUCGUUCCGGGUCAAAGACUCCAUCGCGCCAAUGAAGGUGAUGACCGUGAAGCCGGGCACGUUCAAGGCGUUCCGUCAGUUCCAGUUCGACACUACGACGGCAUUCAUGGGGCAGUUCAAGCAGCCCCGCGUCCUCCGCAAUCCAAAGCAGGUCGAGUUCUUCAUGAAGCAUGUCAACAGCCAGUGAGAAGGCGGCUAGCAGGCGGCUAGUACCGGGCAAAGCUAUGCUGGCACGAAAUGAAUCGCUGAGUUUGACUUGAUGUGUUUUUGAUAAAAAAGUUGAAACGGUGUUUGUGAUGAAUCAUGAGUAAUCCAUCGAACUAUUUGCGAGUCGAUGAUUAUGUACAAUUGGCAAUGGGCUAUCAUGUGAUGUCGACAUUAGUGUAUCGUUUUAUCUGAUGAUAUGUCGUUAAAUAUGCCGACAUUGCUUCGUAAUUGAUGCAAUCAUCCUGUGUUGUAUCAUGAGUUCAUGAGCCACUUGCAUAAUUUUAAUCAAAACUGUCUCUUUGUCAUUGUUGUACCUAGUUAUAUCGCUAUACUCUUAUCAUUUGUGACUGUCGAUGCCUGUAAUUGUAACCGUUUUUUUCUUAUUGCACCAUGGUGAUUGAUUACCGACACGGUAAUGAUUCAUAAACCAUGACGAUGUGCAAUAACACACUGAUAUACCGGUUAAUAUAUGACUUGCACAAUACUUCGUGCAUACGAGCACAUCACCAGACACAAUGCAUGUUAUACGUGUUUUUGCAUUGUUCAAUAUAUGCAAUUUAUGACAGGAUAAUAGUUUCCAUCAGCUUAUAGUGAUGCCAGGUCAAGGUGUACGGAUGUCAAUAGCAUAAUUAUCUCUUCUAUCACGAUGCAGCGUAAGCAGACAUCUGUUUAACCUUUUAGUCUUCUUCAUUCAAUAAAUUAACUGCUUAUUAAUGAUCAUUUCGUUUAGGCAAUAGACACCAAGAUCUUCAAUUCAUUCCAAGAUAUUUUCGCUCAGCAAUCAGUGUUAACACCACCGUUGUAUGACCGAAGUUACCUGAAGAUGUAUCUAAAUUUAGUGCACGUGAAUACACCAGAUGACCGAUAA